UAACACUUGCCAUUGCCACCCAGUCUUCAGAGCAAGUGGACGUGCCUUCUAUUUCGAAUCUUAUUGUGCACGAGAAAGGACGUGCAUCAUUUUAGUCGUCAGAUCAACAUGGAGAUCUUGGGGCUGGUGGACGUCCCGUUGUAUCUGCUUCUGGUCGUGGUGGCAGCUGUGUUGAUCUAUUUAUAUGGAACCUCGAACUAUGAUUACUUCAAGAAGCUAGGCAUCCCUGGACCAACAUCCUACCCUUUCAUUGGAUGCAGCAUUGGCUUUACUUUCUACUCUAAGUUCUACUCCUGGAAACAGCAGUAUGGAAGCGUAUUCGGGAUCUUCAUGGGGAAAACCCCAGCCUUAGUCAUAUCCGAUCUGGACAUUCUGAAAGAGGUCUUAGUGAAAAGUUUCAAUACAUUCAGAAACCGGAUGAAAAUCACAAUCAUACCCUACCCAUUCAAUUUGGCUGUGUUUUUCCUGGACGGUGCCCACUGGAAGAGAGUGAGAAGCAUCAUCAGCCCAAGCUUCAGCAGCGCCAAACUGAGACUGAUGGGUGCUGCCAUCAACGACUGCGCAAUGACUCUUUCCAAAAACUUUUCAAAAGUCGUCGGGAAAAACGAAGCAGUGAAUAUGAAAAAAUACUUUUCGGCUUACACCAUUGAUGUCAUUUCACGAACUGCCUUUGGUAUAAAGAUUGAUUCCCAAAACGACUUCGACAACCCUUUUGUCGCAAAUGCUAAAGAAAUCUUUCAACAUACAAAUAUGAGAAGAGUAUUACCAAUAAUAGCAGGUGUGAUGCCGAGACUUGCGCGGGCCUUAAGGAAGCGAGGGUUUGGAAUGUAUCCACAACGUGUCAUGAGCUUUUUUCAAAGAAAUGUCACGGAAAUGAUCAAACAGCGACAAAACAAGAAAAGGGAAAAACAAAAGCAGAGAAUCGACUUCCUGCAACUCUUGGUGGACGCUGAGAUAGAGGCAGAUUCAGAUGACAUUGCCCACGCAGCCAAGGGACAGAUCUCAGAGAGCGAUGCAGUCAGACGUCUAUCGACAGAUGAAAUAGUUGGCCAAAGCAUAGUUUUUUUUUCUGCUGGAUACGAAGCAACGGCUUCAACACUGACCUUUGCGUCCUACAGCCUUGCCGUGAACCCGGAUGUCCAAGAGAAAGCAUACAAUGAAAUCACAGAAAUGCUUGGAAAUGAGGAACCUAAUUACGACAACAUACAGAAACUGAAGUAUCUGGACAAUAUCCUCACGGAGACGCUCAGGCUCUACCCACCAGUCAUUACGUUACAUCGCAGAGCGUCUGAAACUAUUCAGAUCAAGGGGUUGACAAUCCCAAAGGGUCAAACAGUCUUUAUCCCCGUGUUCGCUCUGCAAAGAGACCCCCAGCUCUUCAAGGAUCCAGAGUCCUUCAAACCAGAAAGACAUGAUGAAAAGUCCAACCCGCUUUCCUUCCUUGCUUUCGGAUAUGGUCCGAGGAAAUGUAUUGGCAUGCGGCUUGCUCUGGUGAAGGCUAAAAUAGCCCUGGUUCAUGUUCUGAGAACUGUGAAGUUUGAACGUACGCCAGACACGCCGGAGGUUUUGACGUUUAAGGAAACCAACUUUCUUCGAUCAGAGAAGGACAUAACAUUGAAAUUAUCUUCAAGAUGCUAAAUCUUCAACGAGUGAGUGAGUAUGAUUCUACGCCGUUCUUUAGCAAUAUUCCAGCAAUAUCACGGCGGGGGACACCAGAAAUGGGCCUCACACAUUGUACCAAUGUCGGGAAUCGCGUGACGAGCGAACGUUUUAACGACAAGGCUACACGACCGCCCCAAAUCUUCAAUGAAACCAUCCCGAUUUUAUAAUGGCAGUUAUUUUUCUUAUUUGAAAAUAUGUAACGUCUAAUAAAAUUUAAUG